CACGAGCUGUGUGUUUUGGCUCGAGCUUCGGUGUGGAGGCUAGCCGUCAUGGCUGCUCACAGUACUAACUUCAUCCGCGUGCGCUUACACUUUGACUACCCGCCGCCGGCUGUGGUUGACUGCCGCAUGUGCUGGCUGCUCGUGGACCUGAACACGUGUCGCGUGGUGGGGGACCUGGAGAGUAUCAUCAGAGAAAAGUUUGAGUUCAGCCGCAGGAGCAUCCUCAACCUCUUCAUAGAGGACUGCUACCUCCCGCACACAGAGAGCGUCUUCGUGGUGCGGGAUAACGACAGCGUCAGGGUGAAGGUGGACUGUCUGUCUCAGGUGAACGGACACAGCAGCCGUCCAGAUACAGCAAGCCAAAACUGCAGGAAGAGACAGAGACCGGCAGGGGAGGACGGGCCAGGAGAAAAUGGAGCGAGCGUAGAAUGGAAGAAAAAAAAGAGGAAAAAAGGGAGCGAGGAGAGCCUGGAGAGGGAUGCCAAACAGGCUUCAGGUGAUGAGAAGAAUAAGAAGUCACAAGGAAAGCGGAAAGAGAAGAAGAAAAAAAAGAAGGCAGAGGAAAAUGGCCUUACUGUCACCCCCAAACCGGCUGCCUCUACCAAAAAAACCCCAGCUAAGGUAGGGCAGCCGCCGAAAAGCACCAAGAAGCCCCCAGUGGCACAAGCAAAAACACAGAAUGUCUCCUCUUCAGAUUCCAGUAGCAGCAGUAGCAAAGAGGAUGAAGCUCCAAAAAAACCACCAGUCCAAAAACCUGCACCCAAAACACCCACCGCCCCUGCUGCUUCCAAGACACUUCUGGCCGCCAAGCCCACCCAGACCAAACCUCACCCUCCUUCGUCCUCCUCCUCAGCAACCGACUCUUCCUCCGAUGAAGCCACCCGUGUGAAAAGCCCGCCAAAAAGCAAACCGUUAACCUCCACAACCUCUAAAGGGAGAAUAAGUGAAAACUCAAAAUGUCAGCAGGCUCCUGCCGCCCUGCAGUCCACAAACUGUGCACAGAAACAGGCUGCGAGCGCAACGGCGCCUCCUCUUGGCAAAACCGCGGAGCCUUGUACCUCAAGCAGCGAGGAGGAGAUCGAGCUGGUCAUCCGACGGCCGAUGCAGCAGCUGGUCCGUGGUGGGGGUAGUAGUCAGUCGUCUUGGAGAGGCAGCGGCCGGGCACAACCAAUUCGUGGUGGCCCUGGAGAGAGGGGAAGGGGCGAAGGUAGAGGGGGCACCAGAGGGCACAAUGGCAGCUUUGAGUUCAGCUAUAAUGGAGCCAUGGAGCCGUCCUACCAGACUGAUUCAAUAACCAACCUGUCAGUGGUCCUCCAGAACGGAGCAGAAAGUGCUCCCAAACAGGACUACAGCUCUAUGCCCCUGCUAGCCGCCCCUCCACAGGUGGGGCAGAAGAUUGCCUUCAAGUUGCUGGAGCUAACUGAGAACUAUACACCAGAGGUAUCAGAAUAUAAGGAGGGAAAGAUUGUGAGCUUUGAUCCCACAACCAAACAGAUUGAGCUGGAGGUCCAUAAUGCCUUUCAAGCUCCUGUAGAGCCUGGCAAGUUUGACUUGGUCUAUCAGAACCCGGAUGGCUCCGAGAGAGUGGAGUAUGCAGUGUCCAGAAGCUCUCGGGUGACAGAACGGUGGGAAUCCCUGCUGGAACCACGGCUGAUCAUUUAAAUUUGUUCAAACAGGGACUUUGAACAUGCCCCCUGUUUGACAAGAUGGAUUUCCCUUUUCUCUAUUUUAUUUCAGGAUCCUUUGAAUUGUGCUCCAGCGUUAAACUGUGAGUCUUUAUAUUGCAUAUGACAGCUAAGGGAUAUGAUUAUGAUUGAUUAUAUUCUCCUCUCUGCUUCUAAGUAAGUCAUCUCUUUGCACAGAAGAGCCACUGCAUAGCAGAGUACAUGUGUCAAUAUUGAAAAAUUUUAGAAUUGUUUCAAUUUAAAUUUGGUUAGAUAUGAAAUGCUGUUUUUUAAUAUGAAAGUGAAAUGAAUGAUUCCAGUUUCCAGAACUGGGACAUAAUGGUUUUAUGUUUUGUACAGUAAUGUGACUGUGGAUAUCAGCCUUGUAUAAACAGUUUUUCUAAUAAAACAUUGAAUCUA